GUGAGGUCAAGCCUCUGUUUAAACCGAAAGCAGAUUUUCAUGAUCAUGAGAAGAAGCUAGCUUCUGUUCAUUUGCCAGGACAUCAGCAAUAUUAUGGCGAGUUCCCACUCAGAUAUAGAUUUUGACCUGGUGAAAACUCUCGGGGAGGGAGCCUUUGGUAAGGUGUACUUGGUUACCGACAAACUCAACCCGACCAACCAGUAUGCCAUGAAGGUGAUAAACCUGUCCAAGUCUCCUGAAGAGGAGCGGGAAUUAGCUCUGAAGGAGGCACGACUGCUGUCUGACUUUAAACAUGACAACAUCCUACGUUAUGUUGAGUCAUUUGAGGAGGCAGGAGCACUUUGCAUCGUGACAGAGUUCUGUGAUGGUGGAGACUUGAGCCAAUAUCUGGAGGGCAGGAAGGGCAAAGCAUUACAAGAAAACAGGAUCGUGGAAUGGUUCCGAGAAAUCAGCAGUGCUCUGUCGUAUUUGCACGGCAGAAAAAUCAUCCACAGAGAUAUGAAGACCCAGAAUGUGUUCCUCACAGGGACAAGGAAGAUUGCUAAACUAGGCGACCUGGGACUGGCCAAAGUACUUGAGCGACCUAAUGCCAAGGCUGUCACUUUCUGUGGAAGUCCAUACUACAUGAGUCCAGAACUCUUCGCCUGUAAACCUUACGAUUCCAAGAGUGAUAUUUGGGCACUAGGAGUGUGUGUUUAUGAGAUGGCAACUCUGGAGAGACCAUUUGAUGCCAUGUUGAUGCAGCAGCUUGUAUUUAAGAUUGUACAUGGUCAGUUACCUACCAUGCCAAGUGGUAACUACAGCCCUGAACUGAUUACUGUGAUGGAGAAGAUGCUUCAGAAGGAUAGUGAUGAUCGACCUUCAGCAGAUGACCUUCUGAAUGAUCCAGUGUUUAAAAACCAUACUCCCCCCCAGACACCACCUACACCUUCAGCCAAACCAGUGCGCAAAAUGAACUGGUUGGAAGAAUCCCUGGCUCAUAGAAAUGAUGCUGAUGAGGGAAAAGGAGCAUUUAACAUGGAAAGUCUCGUGUCAACUCUGACCGAAACACACAAACAACGUAAACAGAAAUUAGGAAAAUCUAUAAUAGCAUCGUCUCAAGUUGACAACAAGAUUAUGGCAUCGACUUAUGCUGAAAAGUCGUUUGAUAAAACCUGUAAGGACUUGUCUAGUUUUCGUAAGGACAAAACUCUGAAGUCUGAUAUCCAGCUCUCAUCAGUAACAUCAGAGGAUAUGGAAGAAACUUUGGCUGCUGUGGCUAAAGGUCAACCCAAUCCCGCCAAGAUGUUACAACUGGUGGUGAGGACACUCACACAGAUAUUCCCCAAGGGUACAGGUGAUGAAGACAAUGAUGAGGGAGCAUUGGCCUUUAUGGGGGAUGAUAGUAACCAGCUGGAUCCAGAAACCAUGCUGCUCGGCCAGAUUGCUCAGUUACAACGACAUUGUGUGCGUAUGAUGGGUGGUGACCUUAACAUGUUCCGUAAGGCAUAUGAUAUGCUUAGUCACACAGAUGAUGAUAUGAAGUUGGAGGAGAAGCUGAUAAAGUUCCUCAGUCCCCAGGUAUUUGGAAUGUGUGGGGUACAGCUCUUCUACUGCAAGAACUUUGAGUACAACUUACAGAAGUUGCGCGAUGGUGGCCGAGGUACAACAGAAGCCUAAGACAGAAAGGCAAGGUCUGCUCCAGUGGGUCUGCAGCCAAACUUAUUGAAUAUGUUGGGUCUACUCCAGUGGGUCUGCAAGCAAACUUGUUGAAUAUGUUAGGUCUACUGCAGUGGGUCUGCAAGCAAGCUUUUUGAAUAUGUUGGGUCUACUCCAGUGGGUCUGAAGACAACUUAUUGAAUAUGCUGAGUCUACUUGCUGCAGUCGGUCCACAGACAAAUUUACUGGUAUGUUUGGGUCUGUUGUAGUGGGACUGCAAGCCAAUUGAUAUUGAAUAUGUUGGGGUCUGCUUGCACCAGUUGUCUCCAGACAAACUUAUUGGUAUAUUGGUGUCUUCUCCAGUGGGACUGUAGGCAAACUGUUAUUGCAUAUGUUGGGGUCUGCUUGCUCCAGUCAAUCUACAGGCAUAUACCGUUAUUGACUAUGUUUUGGUUUGCUCCGGUCAGUCUUCAGGCAAAAUACUGUUAUUGAUUAUGUUUGGGUUUACUUCAGAGGGACUGCAGGCAAGCUAGAAUAUCAUAUCAGGUGAAUGCAGGGAUUUAAAGCAUAUUUAAUUGAUCCAUUCUUCUAUUAUAAUAACUUUUAAAGUUCCAAAUGGUUAGCGAUUUAAAAGAUUUUAUAAAGUCAACUUUGCUCCUAACAAAAUAAUGUCCACUAUGAACAGCACUUUGUUAUUCCCAGAUGAGUGAUUCUGGAUUUAUAUGAUGAUAUAUAUCAGGUAGUGAAAUCAAUCAGGUCUUUGUUGUUGUCAAAACUUCAUUUUUUCUAGCCUCAUCAUUUUCUGACUCUUGACUGUAUGUGGUAUUCUUAUGUGAAAAUUGUACAGAAGAAUUCAGAUUGACACCAGAUAUGUUUGAGUGAUAUGUGUAGGAAGUCAAUGUAUCACAAGGGCAAGAUAUUUAGGCCACUGGUCUGAUUGCAACUGCCAAAACAUCAAUACAGACACAGGGUACUGAGUUUAAGGAACACUAGGUAGGUCAUGUGCGGGAGUAACUAGGGUACAUUACCUGAACUAGUAAAUAGGAAGUAAAAGUUAUCAUGUGACCACAUCUCAUGGACCUGAUUGAAUGGAGCUGUGCUUAUGUCCUAUAGAAUGAUUCCUUAACUAAUUAAAUGGUUUUAAGCUUACUGGCAUAUUUUUCCUUUAUGAAAAUGCUACUUUUCAAAUUCAUGUACAUAUCAAGGCUAUUUUUCUAACAGAUGGAAUUAAUGCGAUUUCUCCACUUAGGAGAAUCAGAAGGCGGGGGAUGCCAUUUUUACUAAAUACUUUGUUGUAUUAAAGUCUGACUAUGUUUAGCAGGAAAGGUUGGCUGUGUAAAUCAAAUCCUCUGAAAAAUUGGACGUGAUGAGUUGUUGAGCAAUAUGCCAGUAGUUUAUGUUGAUAAUAGUCCAAGUUGUACAUGCAUAUUUCCACGUUAAUAUUGGCUGGGAACUGUGUUGGCAUGCUAUCAUGUCCUAACCGUUCAUCAGAAAUUUGAUUUAUUAUGAGCAAAAUAUCUGUGCAUGCUCAAAACACAUGUAUAAAGUUUGAGAAAGCAAUUCUUUUUUAUUUUUCCCUUUAUCAAUAAGGAGUUCUGAAAGAAGUCUAGUAGCCAUUCAGUGCACUGCAGUCCUAAAUUUGUCAUAAUACAUGUGGUAGGGGGCUAUCAACCCGGUCAACUGUGAUAUAGUAACUAGAUUUACUUCAUAAUAUGGGAUUAUACAGUUCACUGAGUGAUGAUUUAAGGUGAUUAAUAUACAUCAUAUGAAAUCACUACACCUUUUCUAUUUUUUAUUCUUACAUGACAAAAAUAUAUAUAUAUUGUGUGUGUCAGAUUUAAUCCUCAUUGUGUAUGUCAAGAUUUAAAAUCACUUAUACAGAGGUCUUAAGUUUUAUAAUUGAUUUGUCAAUUUUUAUAUUUUAUCUGUGUGCCAUUUUUAAUGUAUGCACUUUUACCAACAGUCUUGAUUAUAAAGAGGUGAUUGACAUAUCAAUCUAAUGUGUUUCUUAGAAUUACAACUAAUGAAUGACAAAAUAUGUAUGUCACAGGAAUUGAAUAUGUAAGGUUUUUAAUAUGUAUAUAAGGUGUUGAAUAUGUAUAUAAGGUGUGACAAAUGUAAAUUAUAGAUAGAAGUGUUGAGCUUUUAGAGACUUGUUUAUUACAUCCUGUUGUAUCUGUCCUUGUUAACCGUGAGUGUGUGUAUACUUGUCGAGUCUUAAUUAAAGUCAAUAUACAGUCAACUUCACUGAUAUCAAAUUUCUGAGGGUCAUGAGAAACAUUUCCUAAUUAUAAUAAAAUAGUACUUAGCUGUUGUUGAAGUUUUCUUGUUCCUGAAUACAUUGUUGCUGAUUGCAUAUACACGUAUAUAUAUAUUUAGUGAAAAAUUAGAGUAUAAUGUCACCUUACUAACUUCGACUAGUGGGAAUUUUCCUUUAGCCUAGUGGAAGGAUGUUUGUCUUGAGAGCGAGAGGUCGCUAGUUGGAGCCCCAGCGCAGGCGGGGUAUUUUUCAUUGCUCUUUCCUAUUGCAGAUAUAUAUAUCAUAUGCAUAGGAUCAUAAAUGAGUUUUCAUUUCACAAGAUUUUAUGAAAUAGUCGUAGAAGUUUUUAUUUUUGCAAGCCUUGGCAAGUAAAAAUUAAAACUUCAAGACAAGUUUCAUUAUACCUCAUAUGAAGUGAAAACAAAUUUAAGAUACUUUUUAUCACUAUGGAAACUUAAAUUCUGACAGGUCAGAAUCAAAUGGAGGCAUCCAUUUUGUAACUUCAUUUUCAAUUCAUGACAUAAUUAAUGUUGUUGUCCCUGUUAAGACAAUUGAUUUGUGGCUGAAGCAGCCAAUGAAACUCCAGGGUAUAUUACACAUGGACUAUAAAUAUAAAUUCACUGGAUAACAGUGAUUAUGUGAUCAGUGUUAUAGGUACCUUGUAUAUAAAUCCUUAUCAUUUAUUGUAAAUAAUGAUAUUGUGAUAACAGAUUUCAUUCAGAGACCUCAAUAUACCAGUAUAUAUAUAUGGUAGUCUAUAACACGUGCGACCACAGCACUAACUAUGAACAGAUAUUAUUAUGGCUUCUGUUCAAUGCGACCAAUUUGUGAAGCUAAGAUGCAUGUACCUGCUAUAUUGAGCUUUCUGUUUGAGUUGAUGAAUUCUGGUGAAAUCCUGAAUAAUCUGUAAAGGUUUAUUCCCUCAUUUUCUGUACCAAUAUAUGAAUGUUUGGGUGUUUUAUACGGUAAUGUUACUAGUUGUAUAUUUAUGAAGAUUAAAUUUUAUGUCAAAAUUAUUUGAUUUGUUUCUUAAAACUCAUUAAUAAAAUGGAACAAGAUGUAUUACAUAACCAAGAUUUGUUACAAAUAUAUUGUAUUUGUGCAUUUUGUGAUAUUAAUUAUUUCAACUCCAUGAAUAUUUAUGUUUUGGCCAUGCUUGUGACAACAUGAAAUUAAAAUGUUGAGCCAAUCACAGUUCCCUUAUAGAUUUCUAUUAUAACUGUACAAUGUUUAUGUGAGGUAUGGUUUUGUGUUACAGUCCGAUUGUCUAAUGAAUAUUUUUUGGAACCCUGGUGUUGAGAUUAUUUCGUGAUUUACCUGUAUAAAACAUGGCCAUGAAAUAUUUGUACUGGAUAAAUUGCCUGCCUGCCUAUUCUCCAAUGAAGUUAAAUUCAGAUAUACAUGAUAUGCAACCGUUUGAUUUUGUGGCACUUCUAGAGGAAGCCAUUUUGGCAGAGUUAGAGAUUUAGAUUAAUCAUCAUCAUCCUUAUGAUCUUCAAAUCAAAUAGUACAUAAUGGCUGGUAUAUAGCCUUGUGGUCAGUAUCUGCAACUAACAUCAAAACUGCCCUUUUCAGUUUGAAUAGCAUUUUGAAGAAUCACUCAAUGCUUUGAAAGUUUUGAAAUAGCAGUGUAAUAGUUAAGCUUUAUCAUAUACCCAAACGUUCCAUGUAGAAAGUUGUUUGUGAUUGUUUAUAUAAUUUAUAUAUAUAAUCUUUAGAGCAGUUAUACAAUUUCAUUUUUUUUUUAAAUUUUUGUGAAGUUUCUUGUUUUUAAAGAUAACACUACAGGUUGUAAAACCUGACACGCCUAACUAAAUAUGCAGUCUCGGGCUCGUUUCAUUGAUAUUCCUUCAUUUAAUGUAAUAUUUCUAGAAAAGAAUCUUCAUUAAGAAGCCAUCUUUAAUACCCGUAAUGCUUCCCUAAGGAAAAUUUGAAGCUAAGGAAUGUUGAUGAAACUGAGGCCUGGUAUAACAGGGAGACUGUCUUUUUAAUACAAGACUUUUUAAGAUGAAAUGUUUGCUUGAAUUAUAAGUUUCUGAUGUUGUAUAUGCCAAGAUGACAGAUCCGUGAAAUGGAUACAUUUUAAUAGUAUAUUGUAAUAAAAUGUGAAAAUUACAA